AGCAAGCAGCAGGAAAUCAUGAGCCUUCUCGCCCUGGUCGUGGUCGCCGUCGCCCUCGCGGCAGGACUUCCCUCUACGGUUGAGGGAGGAAAAGAAGCACCUAUGAUGGACAACAUGCAUGCUAUGCCUUCUGGCUUGGUGGUCCAAGUCCAGCAGAAGGUCAACACCGAUGACUGUUGCGAGGAAAAGGAGAAUAUGAAUGAUGUGGAUGAGAUGAGAGAAGAGAAGAAUAAGGAUGACAUGCAUGAGAGAGAAGAGACGCAUGGGACGCAGACACACACAACUACUACUCAUAGGCCGCAUUAUAAUGUGCAUUAUGUAAGUCCUUCUAAGUAGACGCUGCCAGCAUCAUGAAAAGCUCCUGUGAAAAAA